CCUCCAGGCCAGUGGGAGGGUUUUGGGCUCACGGCUCUACUGUUGAUCUGCUCGGAGUCCUUCGGUGCAUGGACCGCACGUGUGAGGAGAGGCCCACCCAGGAUGGGAGCGACGAGGAGAACCCCGACUCCACGGAAACCCCGGUCCGCAUCCGAGACACCCCGGAAGACAUCAUGCUGGAAGCACCGGCCAGCGGGCUGGCGUUCCACCCGGCCCGCGACCUCCUGGCGGCGGGGGACGUGGACGGGGACGUGUUCGUCUUUUCCUACUCUUGCCAAGAGGGAGAAACGAAGGAGCUCUGGUCCUCAGGUCACCACCUCAAAUCCUGCCGAGCCGUGGCCUUCUCUGAAGAUGGACAGAAACUUGUCACUGUCUCCAAGGACAAAGCCAUCCAUGUCCUAGAUGUGGAGCAAGGCCGACUGGAAAGACGCAUUUCCAAGGCUCAUGGUGCCCCCAUCAACAGUCUGCUGCUGGUAGAUGAGAAUGUCCUGGCCACUGGGGAUGACACGGGUGGCAUCCGGCUCUGGGACCAGCGGAAGGAGGGCCCCUUAAUGGAUAUGCGGCAGCAUGAGGAGUAUAUCGCUGACAUGGCCCUGGACCCAGCCAAGAAGCUCCUGCUUACAGCCAGCGGGGAUGGCUGCCUGGGUGUCUUCAACAUCAGGCGACGCCGGUUUGAACUGCUCUCAGAGCCUCAGUCUGGAGACCUGACCUCUGUCACUCUGAUGAAAUAUGGGAAGAAGGUGGCCUGUGGCUCCAGUGAAGGCACCAUCUACCUCUUCAACUGGAAUGGCUUUGGGGCCACAAGUGAUCGGUUUGCCCUAAGAGCUGAGUCUAUUGACUGCAUGGUUCCAGUCACUGAGAGCCUGCUGUGCACUGGUUCCACCGAUGGAGUCAUCAGGGCUGUCAGUAUCCUGCCGAACCGUGUGGUGGGCAGCGUGGGCCAGCAUGCCGGGGAGCCUGUGGAGAAGCUGGCCCUCUCCCACUGCGGCCACUUCCUGGCCAGCAGUGGCCACGACCAGCGCCUCAAGUUCUGGAACAUGGCCCAGCUGCGCGCUGUGGUGGUAGACGACUACCGCCGGCGCAAGAAAAAGGGAGGGCCACUGCGGGCGCUGAGCAGCAAGGCUUGGAGCACAGCCGACUUCUUUGCAGGACUGAGGGAAGAGGGAGAAGACUGCACAGCUCAGGCGGAGGACAGUGAGGAGGACAGUGACUGAGGGUAUGAGCCGAGGCUCAAGAUAGGUCCCCCCCCGGGCACGUCUUGCUUCCUGGGCUGGAUACCCAGAGAGGCUGCAAACUUGUAACGCUCCUGUGCGGUGCGCAAAGAUGCAGAGCCAGAGGCUCGGACGGAGGGCGCUGAGGGGAGAAAGUCCGUCCUUGCGCUGCGGCAGCCGCUCACUCGGCCAGUGUGAGAGAAGCCCACAGCUGGGGCAAGACAGCACGGACACAGAGGUACGCCAACCGGGGGUUUAAUAUAAAUACAACCAGCAGGGAAGAACCCAAAAUCACACACACCAUAACCGGAAUGUCACGUACUGGGGACACAAGGCAGAUUUCUGACCCUCUGGCUCAGCCUGAGCUGCCUUCCAAAUAAAAUCAACAGAGAUGACAAAUCAA